AUGGAACGGCCAGAGUAUGUGCCCGGUACCGAGAUCGGCUCGUUGACGGCACAUUCCAAUGAGGACAGCCAGUUUGUCGGCAGCUCCAGCGGCGUCUACUUCAUCAACACUGUCAAGCGGGCCUUUUCAAACGGCCUUGAUACAUCUAGAUCCUUAGAGACAGAGUUCCCUACUGCCGAAGAUACGCUGGUAGGGGCCGAGGACUCACCAAGGCUGAAGAGACGGCGCGCUACACCUUCCAGAGCGAAUUCCGCCUCCUCGCCGAGAGCAGGGGGAUAUAGCACUGAAGUUGCAGCCUAUCUAGGCAAUGCGCCGCCAUUGGACCUAGCAAAGGAGCUUAUGAUGGCCUACUUCAAAGUCUGGCAUCCUCUCUUCCCGUUCCUGCACGGUCCCACCUUCUUGCAGGCGAUGGAGAGCUUCUAUUCGAGCACGCUGGAAGAACCGUCGAGCGAGGACACCAGCCCAGACCACCGAAGAACCUGUUGGACGGUGAUUUUUCAAUGUAUAUUUAACCUCGGAGCCUUUCUCCGUCCUGAUUUGGAGCUCUCGCCCGAAUGCCGAAUCCACUCCCCGGGCAGCAUGACUGCUUUACUAGGGAAUUUCUCAACACGGCACGAUAUCGCCUCUCUACAAGCACUCCUCGCUGUUCAGGUCUAUCUUGUGGCAACCAUGUCGCUCAGACUGGCGUCAACGUUUGGCGGGUGUGUUCUGCGCUCUAUGCUUCAUGCUGGAUUGCAUCGUUGUCCGUUCCGCUAUGCCCAGCUCUCGUCGCAUGAUCGCCAAUUACGGAAGCGGAUUUUCUGGUGUGCGUAUGCUAUCGAUCGGUACCUGAGUCAGGCCCUUGGCCUGCCACUCGGUAUUCAAGAUUCGGAUAUCGAUGUCUGCUUGCCUGCAGCGCCGGAGAUGCACUUCCCGGCGUGCGGGAAGAAUUUGUCUGCGAAACGGUCUACUUCGGGUUCAACAACUGCUGACUUUGAGCCUGAGCAUCUCAUUGGAUGCAGUGAUAAUACCGAGCACUGCCAUGGUCUGGUUGCCACCAGCCAUAAGAGUGAUGAGGCGGAACACUGCCUGAAAGAAAGUGUCCUGGCCAGCUACGUUGCCUCCGGCACACUCACUGGCCGGGCUCUGGAGCUAUUCCACAAGUCUAUCCUAGUUCGUUCAAUUCGUCGAAGCGCAGUACUAUUCUUGGUAACAGAUGUUCACAAGUGGUGGAAUAGCCUUCCUCUCGACCUUCAAGGACAGUCGGCAGUUGCCAACAAGGAGGCGGCUUCCUCAGAUACCGACAGCCCUUUUGAUUUCGGGCCAUUCUUUACCGUCUUGUAUCAGCACCUUAUCUUGAUUAUCCACCGACCAUCACUUUCAUUGGACCCUGCAACAGCAGAAUUUUGUUCUGGGCUGCAGACAUGCAUUAGCGCGGCCCGGGCGAUUCUUGCGGCGUUAAGGACGCAGGUGGAUCGCCAGCAAGCCUUUUUCUGGCCGGGAUUCCUGUCAGCUGCUUGGAUGUCAGGGCUAGUGCUAGCCUUUUCUUGUCAGCUCAAGCAGUAUGUUCUUACAAAGGGGUUGCAGGAAAUUGACGAGUGUUCGUCGUUUUUACGGCGUAUGUCUACGCAAUGGGAGACUGCCAGGCACUGUUGUAUGACCUUGUCAGUGCUAUCUGCCAAGAUCAAGCAGAUGGAAAUCAACCCGGAUGCGGCAGCCACGUCGCACGCCUAUGCUCUGAGAAACAUGGAGAGAGAAAAUGAUUUCUUGGACACGUCUGAUCUAAAUGUGCAAUCAAAAAGAAAGUCUCACAGCCACUCUACAAUCCCAGCAGACCGGCCACGCCCUAUCAUGGCGGAAACAAUCGAAAACUCAGGGUAUGGCCACAGGGGACCUGGAUUUGAUCCGGUAUCAGUAAGGUCUCAGCAUUCGACCAACUUCAAUGAGGAACCUUUACCGGCCGAAACUCCACCAUCCCAGACACUGGAUUUUCAAGAUACAACUCCAAACUAUUCAACCCUAGGCCCGAGCUUUGAUUUGAACAUGGUCGAUCUACUUGGUGGGGCGGAUUUUGAUUCGUUACUUGAUAUAGUUGGGCAACGAUAUCCCAGUUUCUAG